AUGAUUAAGAGCAGCAAAGUUUCUCAACAUAAACUUCUGAUGUUUAUAUUGGUUUCACAGAUGAAGUUUAGAUUUUUAAGUCGAAGCUUUCGUUUUUUUACGGGAAAACAUCCAAAAAAAAUGGAAUUCGCGGAGCCUCCUGCGAAGGCAUCAUUAUGCUGUGAGGAUACUCCCGAAGGUUCUCCGCCGACGUAUGCGAUGUAUGAGGCUUUGAAGGAUUCGUGUCAGAAUAAUGCUAGUUAUUUUCAACCUGAUGACAGUGAGAAUGGACAGAGAUUGUACCAGGGCUUCAUGACACUGAUAGAUCAUAUAGAUACUGUUUGGCCUCUCGUGGAUCACGUUCGAAAGGUGGCUCCGUUGUACGACUUCGAUGCCAAAUCUCCCGGCAAUGGCUACCGUAGUUUCGUGUCCGUCGUGGAUUCUUGUGUUUUGAAUGGACUGAAAUUAAGCCGUCAAGUGUGCACCGGUCGUGACGCGCUACUGUUCAGAAAAGGUUAUUUUGUUAAGGAAGUUGAGUCUAGCGGUCAGUUGCUAGCGUCGCUCGGGACUUGUCUUCACCACCUUCAAACCUUACUCUCGUGGGCUCCACCAGGAGAACUCUUCCCUACAGAGCCUCAUUCACCCGAAGAACUAUUCUCACAAGCGGAUACCAUCAAUCAGUAUUGCUUUUACGGAAGAUGCCUUGGAUUUCAGUUUCUUCCGUCAAUGAGGAAUAUAUUAAAAGGCAUUUCCAUAUGUAUGGCCGGUUUCUCAGAAGCGUAUUACAGUCACGGUAACUUGAUCAGCUCGAUGUGGACCGGGGGCCAGUAUUUGAUCGACCCAGAGAUGAGAGCACGGCGUAUAGUCAAUAUAUCACAAUCAGCGAGCGUUGAAUUCUGUAAAGCUUUUUGGUUCCUAGCUGAGAGUGAAAUAAUGCGAAGAGUACCAAGUUUGAUGUCAUCGACGGUAGCUGUUAAUAAAUUAAUAACAAUACCACCGGAACCAUUAGUGGUGACGAACAAAGACGGGAAACAGAUAACAGUCUUACCGCCAGAAGUACACAUAGGGUUACAGGGACUAAAUGUUAGACUCAUCAGUGUUAAUAAAAGAAUGGGAAUGUCUGAUGAAAGCUCAUCAAAUCUACCGCCGGCUGAGGGAGUAGUUUUUCACUGUCACGGAGGUGGUUUUGUGGCGCAAAGUUCAAAAUCUCAUGAAACAUAUCUAAGAGAAUGGGCGGCGAAAUUAAAUAUGCCGAUACUGUCGGUAGAUUACAGUUUAGCUCCGCAGGCGCCGUUCCCGAGGGCUUUAGAGGAAGUUUACUACGCUUAUUGCUGGUUGUUAAAUAAUUUCAAACUGAUCGGUACCACUGGUAAACGUAUAGUAUUUGCGGGGGACUCAGCCGGUGCGAACCUCAUAGCAGGUUGUACCCUCAAGAUACUGUCUUCAGGGCUUCGUAAACCCGAGGGUUUGUUCAUGGCCUACGCUCCCUUACUAGUGAGCUUCAUACCAAGUCCCGCAAGACUGCUAUGUCUAAUGGAUCCUUUACUACCCUUCGGAUUCAUGAUGAGGUGUCUUAAAGCCUACGCAAGUCCAAAUACUAAAGGUAAAGAUGACAAGCAUCCGAACAAAGUGAAUACGCCGUCAAACGCCACAAGUCCUGUUGAAGGAAACGGAUUUCUUAGAGUUAGCCCAUCACAAGUCCAAACUCAUCCGCUAGAGGGCAUAAGCUCGGGACCGUCAUCGUUCGAGGAGGUCUCUCCAUCUGAUCUCGCUGAACUACAAGCGCACAAGUCCGGCAGUGAGAGGAGACAGUCCGCUGACACAACCAUCAGUGGAGGGUCGCUGCAGAGCGAGCAUACGGCCACCGGUAUAUCACCAACAGAGGAUAAAUCCCAACAGUACGUAUCAGAUUUCCUCGACAAAUACGUGUUCGAAAGCGACACGGAUUCUGAAGGGCGGAAGUUUUCUAUUAUCAAACCUAAUAAGAAGUUACAGAGGGAUACCGAAUCUGAAAGUACACUCGUCGGUGAGCCUCCGCUCAUACAAGACCAGGAUCACAGAGAUAAGAAAAGGAUAAAGGCUCGUAUAAGUGAAGCAGCUACUGGUAUAAUGGGUGCCAUGUCGUCAAGAUUAGCGUAUAUAACCGGUUCAAAUAACAUAAGGCCCACUCAAGAAGAGUUGUCAGUCCGUUCUAACCUGGACGCGCUGAUAGCCCGCAGUCCGUCCGAUGAGUUCAUAUUCUCUGUACCACGUGACCCUCUUUUAUCACCGUACUGGGCAGACGAUAAUCUAUUGAAAAGAUUCCCACCAGUGAGGUUGUUGACUGUACAUUUAGAUCCUUGCCUUGACGACUGCGUGAUGUUUGCCAAAAAACUAAAAGGUUUGGGCAACGAAGUCGGUAUCGACGUAUUAGAGGGGCUGCCUCAUGGGUUCCUUAAUUUCUCUCUUAUGGCCAAAGAAGCGAACGAAGGUUCAAAACUUUGUGUGGAACGCAUAAAACAGUUAUUGGACUUGGAAAAUCCUACGACACCAGAGAACAAUCACUUAUGA